AUGGCUUUUCUUGUUCGAUGUUAUGCCAACUGCCUGCAGCCGUGGGCCUCCAAACUUCCAGCUGAUCUUACCAAGAUGCAUCUUACGGACAAUCCUCAUCCCCAGGUGACUCACGUCCCGUCAAGCCAGUCGGGAUGUAGCAUUGCCAGUGAUUCUGGGAGCAGCAGCCUCUCUGAUAUUUACCAGGCUACAGAAAGUGAGAUGGGAGAUGUUGAUUUAACAGGUCUUCCAGAAGCACCUGUAGACUCCGAAGAUGAAGAAGAGGAGGAGGAUGAAGACAUUGACAGAACUUCAGAUCCACUUCUAGGGCGAGAUGUUGUGCGAGAGUGCCUUGAGAAAGAGCCUGCAGAUAAAACUGAUGAUGAUAUUGAGCAAUUAUUGGAAUUUAUGCAUCAGCUCCCUGCCUUCGCAAACAUGACUAUGUCUGUGAGGAGAGAACUCUGCUCAGUGAUGAUAUUUGAAGUGGUAGAGCAAGCAGGAGCCAUCAUACUUGAAGACGGCCAAGAACUCGAUUCUUGGUAUGUUAUUUUAAAUGGCACAGUGGAAAUCAGCUAUCCUGAUGGGAAGAGUGAGAGUCUCUGUAUGGGAAAUAGUUUUGGGAUUACUCCCUCUCUGGACAAACAGUACAUGAAUGGAGUGGUCAGAACCAAAGUCGAUGAUUGUCAGUUUGUGUGUAUAGCCCAGCAAGACUACUGGAGGAUUCUGAACCACGUGGAAAAAAACACUCAUAAAGUGGAGGAAGAAGGAGAAAUUGUAAUGGUAAAGGAGCACAGGGAGCUGGAUCGCAGCGGAACCAGAAAAGGACACAUAGUUAUCAAGGCAACACCCGAGCGACUCAUCAUGCACUUAAUAGAAGAACAUUCUAUUGUGGAUCCAACCUACAUCGAAGAUUUCCUUUUAACCUACAGAACGUUUCUAACAAGCCCCCUGGAAGUUGGAAAUAAACUCUUGGAAUGGUUCACAGUGGACAGCCUCAGGGAUAAGGUUACCAGAGUGGUCUUACUGUGGGUGAAUAAUCAUUUUAAUGACUUUGAAGGAGAUCCUGCUAUGACUCGAUUUCUGGAAGAAUUUGAAAAGAACUUGGAAGAUACGAAAAUGAAAGGGCAUCUCAGACUGCUGAAUAUUGCCUGUGCUGCCAAAGCAAAAUGGAGACAAAUUACCCUGCAAAAACCUUCUAGAGAUUCACCACUGUUUUUCACCCUCCUUGGAGGAAGCGACAAGGGUUUUGGUAUUUUUGUAGAGACUGUGGAAAUGGGCAGUAAAGCAGCAGAAGCUGGACUCAAGCGUGGUGAUCAGAUAAUGGAAGUAAAUGGACAGAAUUUUGAGAACAUUACCUUUGUAAAAGCUCUGGAAAUCUUAAGGAACAACACUCAUCUCUCCAUUACUGUAAAAACAAACAUUUUUGUGUUUAAGGAGCUGCUCUGCAGGAUAGGACAAGAGAAGAAUGGAAUCCCACAUAUUCCAAAAAUUGCAGAAAAGAAAAACAACCGUUAUUCCAUCCCAGACAUGCCUGGAGAUGUGGAACAGAUGUUUCCUCGUGAAAAAGGAAACAAGAAAAUGAAAGCAAACACUGUAUCUGGCGGGAGAAACAGAAUCAGGAAAAUUUUAGACAAGACCCGAUUCAGCAUCUUGCCUCCAAAACUGUUCAGUGACGGCAGCGUGAGCCAGUCGCAGGACGACAGCAUCGUGGGCACGCGGCAGUGCAGACACAGCCUGGCCAUCAUGCCCAUUCCAGGAACGCUCUCCUCCAGUAGCCCUGACCUGUUGCAGCCCACAACCAGCAUUCUGGAUUUCUCUAAUCCUUCAGCUGUUGGGUUUUACUAUAUCCCGGAUCAAGUAAUCCGAGUUUUCAAGGCAGAUCAGCAGAGCUGUUACAUUAUCAUCAGCAAAGACACUACAGCAAAAGAGGUGGUGAGUCACGCCGUCCACGAGUUCAACCUGACGGGAGCCUCGGAGACCUACUCCCUGUGCGAGGUGUCCGUCAGCCCCGAGGGAGUCAUCAAGCAGCGGAGGCUCCCAGAUCAGUUCUCCAAAUUAGCCGACAGGAUUCAGCUCAACGGACGGUAUUAUCUAAAAAACAAUAUGGAGACGGAGACCUUAUGCUCCGAUGAGGAUGCUCAGGAGCUACUGAGAGAGAGCCAGAUUUCCCUCCUGCAGCUGAGCACCAUCGAGGUCGCCACUCAGCUCUCCAUGAGAGACUUCGAGUUAUUCCGCAAUAUCGAGCCUACGGAAUACAUCGAUGACCUUUAUAAGCUGGACUCCAAAACAGGAAAUGCUCACCUGAAGCAGUUCGAGGAUGUGAUAAAUCAAGAGACGUUCUGGGUUGCCAUGGAAAUUUUAGCAGAGCCCAACCAACUCAAGAGGAUGAAGAUCAUUAAGCAUUUCAUUAAAAUCGCCCUCCACUGUCGGGAAUGCAAGAACUUCAAUUCCAUGUUUGCGGUUAUAAGUGGCUUAAAUCUCGCCCCGGUAGCGCGUCUCAGAGGCACCUGGGAAAAGUUACCCAGCAAGUAUGAAAAGCACCUCAGAGACCUUCAAGAUCUUUUUGAUCCGUCUCGAAACAUGGCAAAAUACCGCAACAUCCUGAGCAGCCAGAGCAUGCAGCCUCCCAUUAUUCCACUUUUUCCCGUUGUCAAGAAGGAUAUCACGUUUCUGCAUGAAGGAAAUGAUUCUAAAGUGGAUGGCCUGGUAAAUUUUGAGAAACUCAGAAUGAUUGCCAAAGAAAUUCGCCAAGUUGUCCGAAUGACCUCAGCAAACAUGGAUCCGGCCGUCAUGUUCAGACAAAGGAAGAAGAGGUGGAGAAGUUUGGGAUCUCUCAGCCAGGGCAGCACAAACUCGAACAUGCUGGAUGUACAGGGAGGUGCUCACAAGAAACGUGCCCGACGCAGCUCCCUGCUGAAUGCCAAGAAGCUGUACGAGGAUGCCCAGAUGGCGAGGAAAGUGAAGCAGUACUUGUCCAACCUCAACGUAGAGACAGACGAAGAAAAGAUCCAAAUAUUGUCACUUCAGUGUGAGCCUGCGUAUAGCACUUUGACAAAGAAUUUAAGUGAGAGAAGAGGAGCAAAAUCCUCCGAAAUGUCUCCAGUACCCAUGAGAUCAAUUGGCCAAACCACUAAAUCCCAUCAGCAUCAACAAAACAGGAUGAGUCAAGUUCUGCAGGUUCCAACUGUGAAUUUGUACCCCAGUCGGAAGAAGGGACUGACAAAGGAUCAUGUCACGUUCAGUACAGGCUCCCCGCAGAAGUCGUUAAGCUUGUCUGAGGAAGUAAGUAGUAAGAAACAAACAGAUGACACUAUGUCCAUGGCAUCUUCUUUGCACUCCAGCCCACCUGCUUCUCCUCAGGGCUCUCCACGCAAAGUUGGUAACAUCCAGAGGUCAGAUAACUGCAGUCAAAUGAAUCUCUCUGGCUCUUCCUCCUCGCUGGCCAGUGAAACCAGCAACAAGAACAGCGGACAGCGCAGCUACGGAAUAGGCUACGCCCUCAUACCUUCCACUAAAUCUGAUAACUUCUCGGACUCCAGUCACAGUGAGAUUUCAUCCCGGUCCAGCAUCGUGAGCAACUGCUCAGUGGACUCCAUGUCGGCAGCGCUGCAGGACGAGAGGAGUUUGUCCCAGUCUCUCAUUGUGGUGGAUUCGGGGGGGACAGAGAGGAAAGAGCAUCCUCAGCCGCUGACUGACUACGGCCAAACCGGCCCCGGCCAGCCGUGCCCGGGCUGGUCAAUCACGAGGCCCGCUCUCAUCCGAGGGAUGGCCUUCACGUCCUCCAUGAGCAACGAGGAGAUCUCCCACGAGCACAUCAUGGUGGAGGCAGCAGAUAGCGGCCGGGGGAGCUGGACUUCAUGCUCGAGUAGUUCUCACGACAACUUCCAGAAUAUCCCAAACCAGAAGAGCUGGGAUCUCCUCAAUUCUUACCGUCACACCCAGCUGGACGGACCUAUAGCUGAAGUCGAUCCCACAAACUGUUACUCCGAGGAGGCUUAUUUGUAUUCCGAAGCCUUUUCCAAAACCAACAGGCAGUCGAAAGGUGGCACGGAGCAGGAUCAGUCUCGGCAGAGCUGGGCCUCCUCCAGCUCGCUGUCAGACACCUACGAGACAAACUAUGGGACCAUUAAGCGGAGGGGGCUGGAGACCUCCACAGCAGAGCAGACGGAGGUUUUGGACUCUAAAGCGGGCGCUGAUGCAACUUACAAAACUGUUACUUCGAGCACAGAGAAGGGCCUGAUAGUGUACUGUGUCACCUCACCUAAGAAGGACGAUAGGUAUAGGGAGCCACCGCCCACCCCUCCGGGAUAUAUGGGGAUUUCUUUAGCGGACAUAAAGGAAGGAUCGCCCCACCACCCACACCUAAAACCUCCAGACUAUAGUGUGGCAGUGCAGAGGUCAAAGAUGCUGCACAGUGACCUCUCUAGACUUUCAUCAGCUUCUCUCGGUAGCGAACCGGUGGCCUGUAUCUCAUCGAAGAUGCCUCAGUGGCAUAGUCGGCAGCCGUCCAAGCCCAAUCUAGCAGAUAUGACUGGCGCAGAUAGUGAAGAGGAUGGUAUGUGCAACACCUGGCUCGGUAGAUGUUAA